AUGAUAGAGUUAUUAUAUGGGUAUCUGGGUGUAACUAAUUUCACACAUAAACCCGACUAUAAAAACCGACAAAUGAGAGCUGCACAGGGAAAACCUGUUUUCCCUGUGCAGCUCUCAAAUGAUGUAAAUGGUUGUCAGUCACAAGCAAUGCAUGCAUGCAAUAGUCAACAACAUCCAAUAUUGAAUGACAUUUUAUUUGAACUCGAGGAGUUAUCGAAAGAAAAAACUAUAGAAUUUAUUACAAAUUUUGUUGAAGGUGACAAACAAACUGCACAGUUAACAUCAAAAACUUCAACAUUGUCAGGGAACUUGGCUUUUUCUUAUGAUAGUGGUCAACAGAGCAUGUCUCUCUAUUACAUUCCUAUACAAUUUGACCAUGCAAAUAUUUCAAAAUGCUCAGGAAGCUUGGAUUUUUUGAAUGCAACUGCCCAACAAAGUAUUCACCUCAAAAACAUUUGUACGUUGCCUGAAAACAAAAAUUCUUCUAAAGAACUUGCAAGAA